CAGACGGCCGUAUAAAACGUCUUGGACUCGUGUUCGUUGUAGUUAUACUUCUCUGGUAACGUUCGCGUACGGCAUAAACCCUGUGAAUUAUAAAUAUUUAAUAGCUAAUUUGUCAUACGCGUCUCUUUUUAUUYGUUUCUACCGUUAGCGUCCACGUUGAUUAUCGCUAAAAUAAUUUAUAACACAUAAACCCGUCGUCUUACUUUCGUUGCCGGCACGACGUGCGAUAUUACUACUAUGGUGUCGUGCGCGGUGUCAAUGUUGCUGACCGCGGCGGCUUGGUGCGCGUCCGCCAGUGCCCUUGCUGUCCCGGAAACCGCGACCGCGACCGCGACCGUGGUAGCGAAUGGUUCRUCGGUGACCGCAGACUGGAUCACGGAGCACGCGGCCUCCGAUGCAACGAGCUCCACCGAAUAUCCGCCGACCAUAGUGGUGUACAACAGCACCAGUGUCAGUGGCGAAGACGACAGCAGGGACUCGAGGUUCCUAAGCUUYACGAUGGGUUCCGACCAGGCGACCGGCACCGCAACCAACUCGCUGUUGCAAGAGAAGCAGGACGACCCGACCACCGACCCGAGUGCCCAUUUGGUCGACAUAUACACCGACUGUCUGAUGCAGCUGUCGUUUCCGUGCGUCCAGCGCAAGUUGUUGUUGUUCCUGGACAAGCUCGGCAGGAUGAAAGGAUUUAGCGUUUUGGGUGAUCUGUUAUCGGUGGUCAGGAUCAAGAGGGAUAUGCGACCACCACUGAACGAGACUGAUCUGAUGGCCAGACUCAACACCGUCGAUGAACAGAGCGCCCUGUCCGCACUCAUGGUACACACACUCGACCGUUUCAUCGGGUCACACAUUCUUCGCGUCACUUUGCCAUCCGGAAUCACAGCAGCGCUAAAAGGAAGCGCUCGGUCCAUCGCCGGAAACACUUUGGAUAUAAACUUGUCUCGAGCCAUCGGAGAAGGUCGAGGAAAGAGUAAAAAGUACAAGAAAAUGAUGCACAUGAUGAUGAUGGGAUUGAUGGGUAAAAUGGCUCUCAUGGGUCCGCUCAUGAUGUUGAUGAUCAAGGUGAAGGCCAUAAAAGCGCUGAUUUUGAGCAAAAUCGCCCUCCUGAUGAGCUUGGCGCAGUUGAUGAAGGGCAAGAAGAGCGGAGGUGGAUCUGGCAAAGAAGUGAUCAUCGUACACGACAGUCAUGGGGGAGGUGGUGGUGGUGCUGCGGAAUACGGCGCUGGGACUGCGGCAGGAUGGGUGUCCGGUCACACAGCAACAGGUUGGUCGACGGGCGGCGGUGCUGAUAGCUACUCAGCGGGAUCGCACAUCGGCGGUGGCGACAACACGUACGCCGGCGGCCAAGACUCCUAUUCAUCAGGCACUGGAGUGCCCAGUGGCUGGGCGGGCGUCAAUGGACACGGUGGCAGCGGCUGGGCGAGAAAGUCUAUGGUACACGAACCGCAUUGGGUGGCGUACCGUGCUUACAUUCCCACGCCGGAAGACGAUCAUGCCAACGAAAAAUGAAUCGAAAAUCUAGACUAAGACACAACGCCCAAUGCAUAUUAUUAUUAUAUUAUUGAAGCGCAUACGACGUACAUCAUAUUAUUAUUUUUAUAUGAUUGA